UCCUCUGGCAUCAGAUCCUCAGCAGCUCCUCUGUACCCCAAGUCAAGUUCCUGACUUCACUGGGGAUUCUCAUUAUUUAUCCAGUGCACCGCACACUCAUGCAAAUUCCCUAUGUACCUGCAGGACUGAUCGUUAAUUUGGUGAAAGUUCUGCAAAAAGCGCACUCAUUCUCCAAGCAGUUCUGUGAGUUACUGUGAUAUGAACUUUGCUGAGACCUCAGCCAGCCCUAACCUGCCCAUCACUCAGAGGAUUUCAUUAGCUGCUAUUUACGUAUGAUCAUAUGUGCACCAGCUCCCUGUUAUCACUUACCUGUAGCUGAAGACCUGAGUUUGGAGCUGCGCUAUAUACAGAGGAGGAAAUAAGGUUAAUCGCCAGUAACAGACAAUGCCUACACAAAUACAGUAUUACAACUCCUCUCCCUCAGUGAGUGGCAUCUUACAACCCCAAACUACAAAUGGUUCAUUUGCGCAAAUGAGACCAAGGGAUGUCUUCCCUGCUGCAACAGUGCCAAGAAUCCGCCCUGCUACCGGUUUUCAGUUUAGAGAUGUGUCUCCUCCACGGGGGAAGCCAACAUGGAAUGAUUCUCGUAAGUCAGAGGACUGGACCAACUCGUUGCGUAGAUUCCGGGUCAACCUCAAUCACAGACCUGUGGAAUCUGCGCUGAGCAGGAAAGCACCAUACGCUGCAAGAACUAUGAGCGCCAGCACAGUUGGUCAUCGAUACAAGAAUGGCCAUGUGGACAGUCUGCCGUUGUACAGCUCAAUGAAUGACCCUCAUUUGUACGACUACUACGCCAAGAAGUUUGCGCUACAGGUUAACCCACGGCCACCAUCAGCGAAACGCGCCAAAAGUGCCCCCAGCAACCGCUUGUCUCUUCGUCCUACCUCUGCUGCUGCUGCUGCUGCAAAAGUCCUCUAUAAAAUAGUUGUGAAAACCGGAGACAAGAAAAAAGCUGGAACCGGUGCCCGAGUAUUUAUUCAGAUGAAAGGCACCAAAGGAAAACUGAAUAAAACACAACUGUAUAAAAAAUCAGGAUCUGAUGAGUUUGGCAAGACAUCUGCAUUAACAUUUAGUAAAGGUGCGACUCACACAUUCAAAGUUUACGGGCCGGAAAUUGGCGAAGUUAAAAAUAUUACACUUGAGCACGAUGGCUUGGAAGAGCAAGAUGCCUGGUAUCUAGAGGAAGUGUUUAUAACCAACACAAACCGGGACAAGACCUGGCAUUUCCCUUGCCGGAAAUGGUUCUCCCUGUACCAUACAGACUGCCAGAUCAGCCGAACUUUGACUCCUGAAAAAAUAUCUGGACAUCACCAACUGGAUGGAAAAAUUGGGGAUCAUACUGUUUAUGAAGUGGUCACCAUCACAGGAGAUGUGCGAGGAGCGGGCACGGAUGCUAAUGUCUUUGUCACAUUAUUUGGAGAGUUUGGAAUUACUCCUAAGAUCCACCUCACCAGCAAGAGUAGAACUGCAUUUGAGAGAACCAAAACAGAUGUCUUCCGUGUAAAGACCAACAAUGUUGGACCACUGAAAAAAAUAAGAAUUGAACACGAUAACACAGGAAUGAACGCCGGAUGGUUUCUUGAUCGAGCAAUUGUAACGGACAUGAACAGGCCACAUCUUCGUUUUUAUUUUGCGUGCAACAACUGGCUGAGCAAAGAUGAUGGAGAUGGACUUUAUUGCAGAGAUCUUCUGGGAAGUCUCAAUCCUAUGGAUGUGCCUAAAGUGAACAAAUAUGUGGCAAGAAUCUUCACUGGCAGUGCAAAUGGCAGUGGGACAGAUGCAGAUGUUUUUCUGAAUAUCUUUGGAGAAAAUGGAGAUACAGGGGAACGUAGACUGGACAAUGAUAAAGAUAACUUCGAGAAAGGAGCAGAAGAUAAAUUCACCAUUGAUGCCCCAAAUUUAGGAAAACUAAGGAAAAUCACAAUUGGUCACAAUAACAAGGGAGGAUCAGCUGGCUGGUUCCUGGAGAAGGUUAUCAUUGAAGAUAUUGGAAACAAAUCUAUUUAUGAAUUUCCUGUUUCUCGCUGGUUUGCCAUAGAUGAAGAUGAUGGGAAAAUACAGAGGGAUAUCUUGGUUGGGGGAAGUGAAGCAACAGGGAUUGUUUACAACGUCUCAAUAGUUACUGGGGACAUCCGAGGUGCUGGAACCAACUCCAAAGUCCAUGUCAUUCUACAUGGCUCCAAAGGCUUAAAGAACAGCGGGAAAAUAUUCUUGGAAGGAGGAGAAUUUGAGCGAGCGAGAACAGAUAUAUUUAACAUUGAGAUUGCAGCACUCCUCAGCCCUCUCAGCAGAGUGACAGUAGGGCAUGAUGGGAGAGGUAUCAGCUGUGGUUGGUACUGUGAGAAGGUGGUAGUUUACUGUCCAUUCACAGGAAUUGAACAGACAUUUCCAUGUGGUAGAUGGCUAGAUAUAGAUGAAGGAGAUGGUUUAAUUGAAAGAGAACUAUAUGAAAUGGUCUCACUUCGUCAAAAAAGGCAGAAAAAACUCCCAUGGUCUUUGUGGAUUUGGACUAGUGAUGUUAAAAAUGCUGGAACCGACGCUAAUAUCCUUCUUCAGAUUUAUGGAGAGAAAGGAAAAUCAGAUGAAAUGAAAUUAGACAAUAACUCUGAUAACUUUGAGACAGGACAGAUUGAUAAAUUUAUGAUUGAACUUCCUGACCUGGGCGUUCUGUACAAGCUCAGGGUUUGGCAUGAAAAGCGAAAUGCGUUUGCUGGCUGGCAUUUAAACAAGGUAACAAUUUUGAAAACCUUGACCAAGGAGAAAUACACUUUUAAGUGUGGCCGUUGGCUGGAUCUAAAUGAAGAUGACAACGAGAUUGUUCGUGAACUUCCUGCAGAGGGGCCACUUGUACCUACAGUUCUGCCAAUUAUAAAAUAUCGAGUGACUGUACACACCGGCAAUGUAAGUGGAAGUGGAACAGACGCCAAUGUAUUUAUCUGCCUCUUUGGAGACUUGGGGGACACAGGAGAGCGUUUCCUCAUUGAUUGCAAGAACAACAUGAAUAAGUUUGAGAAAGGCAAUGCAGAUGAAUUCAUCAUAGAGGCUGUGACCCUGAAACAAGUGAGAAGGGUCCGCAUAGGACAUGAUGGCAAAGGAGGGGGCUGUGGCUGGUACCUAGACAAAGUGGUAGUGAAGGAAGAAGGGAAGCCAGAGACGGAGGCUGUGGAAUUCCCAUGUAAUAGAUGGUUUGACCGUAAUGAAGAUGAUGGACACAUCAUACGAGAGCUUGUCCCUGCAGGUGAUUCACAGAACCUGAGAAGUAUCAGUUAUCACUUUCAGAUUAAGACUGGGGAUGUCAGCGGAGCCAGCUCGGAUUCCCGUGUCUUUGUCAAAUUAUACGGGGAAAAGGGAGACACGAACAAGCAGUUCCUGCUGGUCUCUGAUAAUGACCUGGGAGAUAACUUUGAAAGAGGACGAGUGGAUCAUUUUACCAUAAACACCAUUGAUAUUGGAAAAAUCAACAAGUUGCUUAUUGGCCAUGACAAUGUUGGGAUUCGAGCAGGCUGGUUCUUGGCCAAUGUUGUCGUUCAUGUGCCGGCCCAUGGAAAACAGUACAUGUUCCCCUGCAAUCGCUGGCUUUGUAAGGACGAGUGUGACGGCAAGGUGGAAGUGGAGGUGUAUGCAAGUGAAGUCAUUGACAUUGAAAAAAUGGUUAAUUAUGAGGUUGUUGUAACUACUGGUAGUGUUCGGGGGGCUGGAACCAACGCCAAUGUCUUUAUGCAACUAUAUGGUGACUGCGGAAAAACCGAAGAGACAUUCAUAAGGAGCAGGUCAAAUGAUUUUGAAAGGGGAGCAGUGGAUAUAUUCAAGAUAGAGGCAGCUGAGGUGGGUAAGAUUCUAAAACUCAGGAUUGGACAUGAUGGAAAAGGUUUUGGUGAUGGUUGGUACUUGGAGUCUGUUGAGAUCAAGCGUGUUGGAAUACAAAUGGUACCUGUUGAAGUAGAAAAGAAGAAAAAACCUAACAAGAAGAAGAAAUCAAGCAAAGAGGAAGAGGAGCUUCGUCCCCAGGAGGUGGUAGAGUCUUACUUAUUUGAGUGCAAGCGCUGGUUGGCCAGAGAUGAAGAAGAUGGGGAGUUGGUGGUGGAACUUCUACCUAAGGAGACAACUGAACUUGAGGAGAACACGUAUGAGCUGCAUGUGUUUACUGGCACCGUGUGGGGGGCUGGUACUGAUGCUAAUGUCUUUGUUACAAUAUAUGGAGAAAUAGGAGACACUGGUGAACGGCAACUAAAGAAAUCAAAUCAUCUUAACAAGUUUGAGAAAGGACAGGAGGAUAGAUUUAUUAUUAAGGCAGUGGACUUGGGAGAACUAAAAAAGCUAAGAAUACGACAUGAUAAUUCGGGAGGUAAUGCGGCUUGGUUUCUGGAUCGAGUUGAGAUAGUGGAUGAGAAGGAUGACACCAGAUAUUUCUUCCCAUGCCAGAGAUGGUUAGCAGUAGAUGAAGAUGAUGGGCAGAUUUCUAGACAGCUUGUCCCAGUGAACGAGGCCUUUAUGAAGAAGGAUGGAGAUGCAGAAGAACAGUCUCUUGCCACCCUUGGAUUGGAGCAAAAAGCCAAAUCAACGACGUAUACAGUUAAAGUCAAGACAGGGGAGAAAAAGCAUUCUGGGACAGACGCCAACGUAUUCAUCAUUCUCUAUGGCGAGAAAGAUGAUACCGGUUUUAUGAACUUAAAAGCGUCUAAAAACAACAAGAACAAGUUUGAGCGAGGGCAGAUCGAUAUAUUUACAGUAGAGGCUGUGGAUAUUGGAUCUUUGAAGAAACUAAAGAUUGGACACGAUAACAAAGGUAGCUCUGCUGGCUGGUUUCUAGAUUGGGUGGAAAUUGAUGCUCCAUCCCUCGGACAACGUGUAAAAUUUCCGUGUGGCCGCUGGUUGGAUAAAACUGAAGAUGAUGGUGCCAUAGAGAGAUAUCUUUUUCCUUCUGACUUACAAAAAGAAGAAUAUGUUCCAUUUGUGCCUUACGAGAUCACCGUUUACACUAGUGACAUAUUUGGAGCUGGGACAGAUGCAGAUGUCUUCAUUGUUCUUUAUGGAAGAGAUGGAGUUUGUACCCAGCAAAAAUCUCUUUGUGUCAACAAGCGAGAGAGAAGGAUGUACUUUGAGAGGAACUCAGUGGAUCAGUUUAUUGUGGAGCUUGAGGACGUGGGCGACAUUAUUGAAAAGAUUCGCAUUGGUCACAAUGAUAAAGGGAUCAACGCUGGGUGGCACUUAGAUAGGGUGGAAAUCCGAAGACUUUUACCAAAUGGAAAGGGAUCUCAAACUGUCACCUUUCCUUGUGAGCGGUGGCUUGCGAAAUCUGAAGAUGAUGGAGAAACCGUUAGGGAACUUGUGCCAUCAGAUAUCUUCACUGAGAAGCUCAUGAAGGAUGGAACUUUGAAACAAAUUGAGAUGGAAGUGGAAGACCCAUUAGAAACUCACACAUACGGAAUCUCUGUAUACACUGGAGAUAUCUAUGGGGCUGGAACUGAUGCUAACGUUUUCCUCACCAUCUACGGAGACCUGGGAGAUACAGGAGAGAGGAAGCUGAGCAAGUCAGAGACCAAUUCCAACAAGUUUGAAAGAGGAAAGGUGGAUAAGUUUACAAUAGAAGCUGUAGAUCUGGGCACCAUCUACAAGAUCAAGAUUCGCCAUGAUAACACUAUGUUAAAUGCAGAUUGGUACUUGGAGAGAGUGGAAAUUCUUAAUGAAAACACGGAGGAGACCUACUUAUUCCUGUGUGAGCGAUGGCUCUCCACCAAGAAAGAAGACAAAAGGAUUGAAAGAAUUUUCUAUGAAAAGGAUUAUGAUGGCGAACGCGUCAGCAUGGGGAGCUCUUCCAAAAGUUUUUGGGGUUCCUCCCUCAGCUUGAAGAGUCAAGAUAACAAUGGCAAUUUGAGACGUAAAGAUAGCCUGAGUAGUUCCCUGCAAGAAGGACAAAUGAUCCCUUAUCAUAUCACAAUCACAACUGGCCAAGACAAAGAUGGAGGCACUGACAGCCGUGCCUAUGUAAUAAUUAUGGGCCCACAGAAACUAAAGACUGCCAGACUUUGGCUGGACCAUCCAAAGGGCAAGACGUGUUUUGCACCUGGUUCAGUGGAGAAGUUUACUGUUGUGGGAUUAGACGUCGGAGAGAUUAAAAGAAUGGAGCUUGGUCAUGAUGGGGCUACCCCAGAGAGUUGUUGGCUAGUAGAGGAAAUACAACUAAAUGUGCCUACCAAAGGAGUCAUGUAUACCUUUGUUUGUAAAUGUUGGUUUGCCAAAGACAGAGGGGAUGGUCUGUCUGCAAGAGUGUUCAAUAUGCUGGAUGCAACCGCCAUUACUAUUGGCCAUAAGGUUCUGUAUGAGAUUACCGUUGUCACCGGAGACGUUCCUAAUGGUGGAACUGAUGCCAAUAUUUAUAUGAUUUGCUACGGAGCCAGUGGGGGCUCAGAGGAAAUGCUUCUGCCAAAAAGUGGAGACAGGUUUGAGAGGGGUCAGCGAGACACGUUUGUUAUGGAAAUUGCUGACAUCGCGCCACUCAGGAAAAUGCGGAUCCGUAUUGAUGGAAAGGGGAGUCGUCCUGAAUGGUUUCUUGAAAAGAUCGUCUUGAAAAACAUGACCACAGAAGAGGAGACAACCUUUACCUACGGAGAUUGGUUGUCAAAAACAAAGGGUGAGAAGAAGACCCUGUCAUGUGAAAUGGCGGCUGUGGUUGAUGAGGAGCCAAUGGUGGAUACAACAACGUACAUUAUCCAGGUUAAGACAAGUGAUGUUUCAGGAGCUGGCACUGAUGCCAACGUAUUCCUCAUUCUCUUUGGAGAGAACGGAGACUCUGGGACAUUGGCCCUGAAGCAGUCAAAUAACUCUAACAAGUUUGAGAGGAAUCAGAUGGAUGUGUUCCGGUUCUCUGAUAUGCUGAGUCUUGGUGACCUCUGUAAAGUGCGAGUCUGGCAUGACAACUCAGGUAUUGGACCUGGUUGGCAUCUGGAAUUCAUAGACGUAAAGGAUGAGACUAUGAGUAAGACUUUCCGCUUCCACUGUGACCGUUGGUUUGCUAAGAACGCGGAUGAUAAGCAAAUCAUAAGGGAACUUGCAUGUGCCAACAAUGACAUAUUGGAUCUAAAGGACCGUACCUCUUAUGAGAUUGUAACUGUGACAAGCGACCGGGAAGAUGCAGAAACCAAAGAGAAUAUCUGGAUCAAUUUAGAGGGAAAAAAGGGCCGAUCUAAAGAAUUUCUUCUGGAGAAUUCCUCCAAAAAAAGAAGAUUUGCACAAAAUGCAACAGACAUAUUUAAGUUUUCCUCCAAGAACGUAGGUGACGUUGCCGCAAUUUGUGUGGGUCACUGUCCUAAGGACGGGAGGAAAUUUUCUCCCAAACCAGAUUUAUACUGGCAUGUUAAGGAGAUUGUUGUGACAGAGACAGAACUUGGGAACAAGUAUAUAUUUAACUGUAAUGCCAAGAUCCCGCUACGCAGUAAGAGAGAUGAUUACAAAGUCUUUGAAUGUGCCAAGACCAUAGAGAGCUUUGCCAGCCGAGCUCGUAGUUUAGUACCAGUCAAAUAUGAAGUCAUUGUGGUUACUGGAUUUGAAAAAGGCUCAGGAACAGACGCCAAUGUAACGAUCACCAUGUUUGGGUCAAAUGGAGAUUCGGGUGAACAUGCACUAAAACAGAAAAUGCGAAAUCUCUUUGAGCGUGGGAAAACCAACCGAUUUUAUAUUGAAACUCUUGACCUUGGAGAAUUGAAAAAAGUUAAAAUUGAGCACGAUAACAGCGGUCUAAGCCCAGGAUGGUUGCUGGAAAGAGUUGAGAUAACGAACUCUGCCACUGGCGUAACAACAAUAUUCCCUUGUGGAAAAUGGCUCGACAAAAAGAAGGGAGAUGGUCUGAUCUGGAGAGAACUGUUCCCAAAAUACUAAAGACCAUCCCCAUGAAUUACAUGAAAUGAAAAGCAUCAAGACUGGCAUAAUUCACCUAUCUUGCCAUGUAUUUCGUUACUGUUUUAUAUAUUUACAAUGCUCUUACGAUUUUAUGUAUUUACACUUUGUACAGAAAACAAUCAUUGUAAUUAUAUUAUCAUUUGUACUACAAAACUUAAAUGUACAGGAAAGUCAAAUUUAAACUUUCAGGACUCAGAGCAUGCAAUUUAAAAAAAUACUUUCCAAUUGACUUCUAUCGUCCCAUUUACAUUGUUUUCUUGGUAUCCUUUGUACAAGAGCAUAUCUGCAUACUCAUGAACGCGCCUUGAACACUAGAUGGCAGCAAUGUUUGCAGUAGAUACAUUGUUACAACCACUCCAACUAUCUAGUCUUCAAAAGUCUUCCAUAUAGUGCUGAAGACACUGUACACCCCUGAGCAUAUCUAAAUAUUUUCUUCAACAAAGGAUACAAAAAGAAUAAAGUAAAUUUGAUCAUAGGAAUACAUUGGAAAGUUGUUGUUUUUUUAAUUACUUGCUGUAUC